AUGGGAGGAGUGAUCACGUACGUCCGAUCGCGGACUCGAGUGAAGUUAACACUGGGAAUGCGUGUGGUAUAUGUGCUGGACAUGCGGGUUGGAAACAUUGGAGAUGGAGUCGCUUGUCUGCUGGGUAUGGAUUUCAUGAAAGCGGCUGGAGUACGACUGUGCGCGCAUGAGCAGUUGGCUAAGCUUCCGAAUGAAGAAGACAUUCCUCUGGUUGGAGAGAAGGAAGUUCCACGUUACAUCUUGGAAGUCCCAAUUUGUGUGCGUGAGCCGGUGUAUUUGGCUCCUGGUGAUUCGAUCAUUGUUCCGGUGCGGUAUGGCCAAGCUGACGCUGACACAGCUGAGGUAUGGACUGCCGGAGGGAACCAGUGGGUGACACAAGUGAUCUACAGCUCCAGACGGCGGCCUGCUGCAGUUCGUGUGGUCAAUAUCUCAGAGAAGUGGACCCAGAUCAUGCAGCACACGGUGGUAGCAGCGUUGAUGGAGCCUGGGCAACUGCCACGAGGAGACCGCUUUGUUCAACCGAAGUCGCGUAAUUAUCGAGAGUGGCAACAAGAGAUUUACCAGAACAUCCCUUCGCGGGAGUAUCGGCGACGGGAGGAGCUGGAAGCACUUGAAGCCGAACGGAAUGCCCCACCCGCAGUCCCGCGACCUCAAUAUGUUUGGCCGACGAAGAUUUUGCCACGU